AUGGCGUGUCCACACGCCCAGUCCCAGGACCUUCGUCCUCCGAGACCCAACCAGAGUGUCUACCGUGAAGACUGUACGCAGUGUUUUGAUUCUAUAGACGAUGAAGCUGGCCUUGACGUCUGUCUAAGCUGCUUCAACGGAGGUUGUGCUGGCGACCGCAACCACUCUCUCCUUCACUACUCUCUGACGAGCCACCCUCUGGUGCUGAACAUCAAGCGAACCCAGAAACACGUCCAGCGUGAUGAGCCUCCUCCGAAGCUGACCAAACUUGCAAUCGCUGCCGAAACGGAGGAGGACAAGUACGAUACAACGACCAGAGUCAAAUGCCAUGCGUGUGGUAUUCAAGAUGUGGACCGGUCAUUAGGAAACCUGCCUGCAGUUGUCAACGGGGUCAUGAAAGCCAUGACGUUCGCCAAAUCAGAAGAAGUCAAAGCGUGGGAGCAAGAGUUUACACCCUGCGAACAUACCCUGUGCCUCCAGCAAGAGGCGGGCAGACAGAUUGAGUCACAAAACCUGGGUUCAUGCUCCAGGUGUGAGCUAAAAGAGAACCUCUGGCUCUGCUUAGAGUGUGGAAAUCUAGGCUGCGGCAGAGCGCAAUUCGGUGGCGUCGGCGGCAAUUCUCACGGACUGGCUCACGCGACAGAGAGCGGACACGCUGUCGCUGUCAAGCUUGGUUCCAUCACUCCGGAAGGUAAUGCCGACGUCUACUGCUACCAGUGCAACGAAGAACGGGUGGACACAGAACUGGCCAAACAUCUCGCCCAUUGGGGCAUCAGUAUUGCAGAACGUGAGAAGACCGAAAAGAGUCUAAUGGAGAUGCAAGUUGAGCAGAACUUGAAAUGGGAUUUUUCAAUGACCACAGAAGACGGCAAGGAGCUGUCCCCUCUGUUCGGCCAGGGCUUUACAGGCCUGAAGAACAUCGGGAAUAGCUGCUACCUCAACAGUGCCGUUCAAUGUCUCUUCUCGUUGCCCGAUUUUCAAAUCCGAUACUAUCGCCCUGACGAACCUCCACCGACCACUCAAGUACCAGCGGAAGACCUGGAGACCCAGCUGCGUAAGCUUGCUGAUGGUGUGCUCUCUGGUCGAUAUUCACGGCCAGAGACCAACACGCAUGUCUCGCCGGAUGAUCCAGAAGUGCCCCAUCAGAAAGGUCUUUCACCUGCAAUGUUCAAGCAUCUCAUCGGACGGAACCAUGAAGAGUUCUCGACCAUGAGACAACAAGACGCGUUCGAAUUUCUGCUCCACCUCUUCAAACAUAUCAGCAUAUCCAACAACUCCCAAUCUUCGCAAGACCCAGUGCAAUCUUUUCGCUUCGUCAUGGAGCAGCGCUUGCAGUGCUCGAAUUGUAAGCGCGUCCGGUACCGAACGGAUGAACAGGACAACAUCUCGAUUCCUGUGCCCGUGCGGAGAAGGCAGGCUGUUAACGGCCAAAGCGGUGCAGCAGAUGAGCCAAAAGGGUCCGAGUUUGAACCAAUAUCGCUGAAAGAGUGUCUGGACGUCUUCACUGCGACGACUGCUGUGGAGUUGACCUGUCCUGCUUGCGGGUCCAAGGCUGGAUUCACCAAGACCUCAAAGUUCAAAACCUUCCCGAAGAACUUGGCGAUCAAUCCUCUUCGCUUUGAGAUCAUCAACUGGGUACCGACAAAACUCGAUAUCCCUGUUCAGGUAACGGAUGAGGCGUUCGAUCUGAGUGCCUACAAGUCCUCAGGUCUGCAGCCAACUGAGGAGGAGCUGCCAGAAGACGCAGACGUUGGUGGCUCUAGUUCGUCGGCUGCAGCCUUUACCCCCAACGCAGAAGCUCUCGGCCAACUUGAAUCUAUGGGCUUCCCUCGAAACCGAUGCGAAAAGGCGCUCCAUGCGACUGGCAAUGCCGAUGCAGAGGCUGCUAUGAAUUGGCUCUUCUCGCAUAUGGACGACCCAGACAUCGAUCAGCCUCUGGAUCUCGGUGGCGGGGCGGGCGGUGGCUCAGCAGAUGAUGCUGACAAGAUUGCGCAGCUUGGGGAUAUGGGUAUCGGUGCACCGCAGGCACGAAAAGCAUUGCGAGAGUGCAAUGGCGACGUCAACCGAGCUCUAGAUUGGGUGUUUAGCCAUCCCGAUGAUCAAGGCGAUUUUGGUGAAGACGCACCAACUGCUGCGAAGGAAUCUAAGACGCUUCCCGGAAGCGAACAACUCCCUGCGAAGUUCGAACUUCAGAGCAUUGUAUGCCACAAAGGGUCAAGCAUCCACGCCGGACAUUAUGUGGCGUUCAUUCGACGAGCCAUUCCCGGAACGGACAAAGACAAGCACUGGGUGCUGUUUAAUGAUGAGAAAGUGGUCAAGGCGGUGGACGUGGAUGAGAUGAAGAAGUUUGCAUACAUUUACUUCUUCCGCAUGGUGGAGGACUGA